GAAGACGGUACGGGCGCGCUGCCAGCGAAGUUUGACCGAGUCUCUCGUGUGCUGUUCUGGUUCUCGAUAGCGAAUGACCGAGUGCGAAUGAGUAGGAAGGAGUGAACUGGGUGACAGAUAGUGGUAAUCUAAGGGGAGGUGCAGGGGCGUGGGCGUGACUGUACUUUAGUGGUGUCAGAUGAAAACAUAUAUUGUCUUAUUUUCGGCUGUAUCGGCUUUCAAUAAACGAAUGACGUGUAGUGGAACAUAGUGCAUAUUCCCACACUUGAUUCUAUGUUGACAAUCUGACAAAUUUAAAAAUGGCAAAUACAGGUGUUUUGCCUUUCGUUCGUGGAGUAGACUUCACGAGCAAUGAUUUUAGUGAUGGAAGAUUUCCAGAUGCAGUACAAUUAAUGACAGGUGUUCAGUGGCUGAAAUUGGACAAAACAAAUCUGGAUCAAAUUCCCGAAGAGAUGGGAAAACUUCUAAAAUUGGAACACUUAUCUCUUGUGAGAAAUAAUCUUGAAAGAUUGUAUGGGGAAUUAACUGAUUUAGCAUGUCUCAGAACCCUAAAUGUGCGUCACAACAAAGUUAAAAGUUCAGGAAUACCUGCAGAUUUGUUUCAAUUGGAAGAAUUAACAACUCUAGAUCUUAGUCAUAAUAAACUUAAAGAAAUUCCAGAAGGUCUAGAACGAGCAAGGUCUUUGCUUGUGCUGAAUCUCAGCCAUAAUCAGAUUGAAUCAAUUCCUAACGCACUCUUUAUGCAUCUCACUGAUUUACUUUUUUUGGAUUUGAGCUCAAAUCAGCUCGAAACAUUACCACCGCAAACUAGACGUUUGGCUAAUCUUCAAACACUUGUUUUGAAUCACAAUCCUCUUGGUCAUUUUCAGCUAAGGCAGCUUCCAUCAUUGAUGAAUUUAGAAACCCUCCAUAUGAGAAAUACACAACGAACACUGAAUAAUAUUCCAACAAAUUUAGAGACACUUACAAACUUAAAUGAUUUGGAUCUCGCUCAGAAUAGCCUUCCUAAAGUACCGGAUGCUCUUUAUGCCCUACCUAACUUAAGAAGAUUAAAUCUUAGUGACAAUGAAAUAACAGAGCUCUCGCAAGCUGUUGAAAUGUGGCAGAGAUUAGAAGUUCUCAACCUGUGCAGAAAUAAAUUGACAGCCUUACCACCAUCACUUUGUAAAAUUACAAGUUUGAGAAGAUUGUAUGUGAAUUACAAUCAGCUUGAUUUUGAAGGCAUACCUUCUGGAAUUGGUAAACUCUGCAAUUUAGAAGUAUUUUCUGCUGCCAAUAACCAACUUGAAAUGAUUCCUGAGGGGUUGUGUCGGUGUGGUUCCCUGAAGAGAUUGAUUCUUACAUCCAAUAAACUUAUUACUCUCCCAGAUGCCAUUCACUUGUUAACAGACCUUGAUGCUCUGGACUUGCGUAAUAAUCCCGAGCUUAUUAUGCCGCCAAAACCAACUGACAUGCAGCGAGGUGCUGGUAUAGAAUUUUAUAAUAUUGACUUUUCAUUGCAACACCAAUUACGUUUGGCUGGUGCAAACAUACCAGCUCCAGUUACAGCAUCUGGGCAAAGUAAAGAUCCUAUUGCACGAAAAAUGCGACUUCGUAGAGGCCGUCGUGAUCAAGAAGAAGCUGAUCAAGAUCAAGCAAAAAUUUUGAAAGGAAUGAAAGAUAUUGCCAAGGAUAAAAACAAGCACAAAAAUGUGGAAGAAAUGAAAGCUGAGUCACUUAAACCUAAAAGAUGGGAUGAAACUCUUGAGAAACCUCCUUUGGAUUACUCUGAAUUCUUCGAUGAAGAUGUUGGACAGAUUCCAGGCCUGACAAUUUGGGAAAUUGAAAACUUCCUUCCAAAUCAAAUUGAAGAGGUAGCUCAUGGAAAAUUUUAUGAAGGUGAUUGCUACAUUAUCCUCAAAACUUUCUUUGAUGAUACUGGAUCUCUUUCUUGGUCUAUAUAUUUUUGGAUUGGUGAUAAAUCAACACUGGAUAAAAAAGCUUGUGCUGCAAUACAUGCUGUCAAUUUAAGAAACUACUUAGGUGCACAGUGUCGCACAAUACGUGAGGAACAAAGUGAUGAAUCUGAAGAAUUUUUAGCACUCUUCGAAAACGAUAUAGCGUAUAUAGAAGGUGGUCGUACUGCUAGUGGAUUUUUCACUGUUGAAGAUAUGACUUACGUUACUCGUUUAUAUCGAGUCCAUGCUGCUGGUUGCUCAUCUAUCCACAUGGAACCCGUCAGCGUUCUAGUGGAUUCUUUAGAUCCUCGCUAUGUCUUUGUUUUGGAUACUGGUUUAAAGAUCUUUAUGUGGUAUGGAAAGAAAUCCAAAAACACCUUUAAAUCAAAAGCAAGGCUAAUGGCUGAGAAAAUAAACAAAAAUGAACGUAAGAACAAAGCAGACAUUGUAACAGAAAUGCCUGGAGAUGAAAGCUCAGACUUCUGGAGGACUAUUGGGCUAGAAGAUGGACUACCUCCAGAAGAUCCUAUCACUGAGCAUGUGGAAGAGAAUUUCAUUCCUUUUACGCCUCGAUUGUAUCAAGUAAAACUUGGUAUGGGUUAUUUGGAACUUCCACAAGUUGAAGUGCCUCAUGGAAAAUUUGAAAAUACCUUACUCAAUAAUAGAAAUGUGUACAUCUUAGAUUGUUUUACAGAUGUGUUUGUCUGGUUUGGAAAAAAGUCUACCAGAUUAGUUCGUGCUGCUGCUGUAAAAUUAUCCCAGGAGCUUUUUACUAUGAUAUCAAGACCUGAAUAUGCCUUGGUUACUAGAGUUCAAGAAGGAACAGAGACACAGAUUUUUAAGUCAAAAUUUACGGGCUGGGAUGAGGUUAUCGCUGUCGACUUCACAAGAACAGCAGAAUCUGUUCAGAAAACAGGUGCUGACUUAACCAAGUGGGCUAGACAGCAAGAAACAAAGGCUGAUUUGGCUGCACUUUUUACUCCUCGCCAACCACCAAUGUCACCUUCUGAAGCCCAACAGUUAAUGGAAGAAUGGAAUGAGGAUUUAGAAGCAAUGGAAUCAUUUGUUUUGGAAGGAAAGAAAUUUGUUCGCUUACCUGAAGAGGAACUUGGACACUUCUACAGCAAAGACUGUUAUGUAUUCUUGUGUCGAUACUGGGUCCCCAUUGAAGAACCAGAUGAAGGAGCUGCUGAAGGAGAAAGAGAAAAUGAACAUCAGGAACAAGUGGAGGAUGAUUACCAAUGUGUUGUGUACUUUUGGCAAGGAAGGGAAGCAUCAAAUAUGGGAUGGUUAACAUUUACAUUCAGUUUGCAGAAGAAGUUCAAAAGCCUCUUUGGCGAGAAACUAGAAGUUAUAAGAACUCACCAACAACAGGAAAACCUUAAAUUUAUGGCACAUUUCAAACGCAAGUUUGUUAUUCAUCAAGGGAAAAGGAAAGAAAUCCCUGACCCCAAUUUGCCACCUCCAGUAGAGUUUUAUCACUUACGCUCAAACAGUAGUUCUCUGUGCACAAGACUGAUACAAAUCAAACCUGAUGCGGCUGCUCUAAACUCUGCGUUCUGCUAUAUUUUGAAAGUACCAUUAAAUAAAGAAGAACAAACUGGAAUAGUGUAUGUAUGGAUAGGAUCCAAAUCUAAUCCAGAGGAAGCACGUUUAGUGGAAGAAAUUGCUGAAGAGAUGUUUAAUAAUGCCUGGAUAGGAUUUCAAACUUUAAAUGAAGGAGAAGAACCAGAUAACUUUUUCUGGGUUGCUCUUGGUGGCAGGAAGCCCUAUGACAAGGAUGCAGAUUUUAUGAAUUACACAAGAUUGUUCCGUUGUUCAAAUGAAAAAGGUUACUUUACUGUGUCAGAAAAGUGCUCUGAUUUUUGCCAGGAUGAUUUAGCAGAUGAUGAUAUUAUGAUUCUUGACAGUGGAGAAAAUGUAUUCUUGUGGUUGGGUGCAAAAUGCAGUGAAGUAGAAAUUAAAUUAGCUUUCAAGUCCGCUCAGGUAUAUAUACAACACUUAAGAGUGAAACAGCCUGAGAGACCACGCAAGUUAUUGUUGGCACUUAAAAACAAAGAGUCAAGAAAAUUUACAAAAUGUUUCCAUGGUUGGGGAAUGCACAAAAAGCCACCCGAGUAAUGAAAAAUUGGUUUAGUAACAUAUUCACAUUGUUUUAAAUUUGUGAUUAAUGUGUUUCACAGAUGGUGGUACUAGUUUUGACAUUCAAAAUAACUAUUCUUAGCUUAAAGAUAUGAUCUAGUAUUUAUUGUGCAAUGAAUGUCUCUAGUAAUUUCCAGCAUCACUUCUAACAAACUUGUGCAAUACAACUACAUAAAAUGUACAUUUAUAAUGCACAAAGAAUAUUGUAUAUUUUUCUUAUAAAUAUUAAUUUAUGUUUUUGUAUUUUUCAUCGAUCUUUGAGUGUAAAACCACUUGUUAAUUUUGUACCAAAUGAUUGAAAGAUGCAGUGCAUGUGAAAGCAGUCAAUGCAUAUUUGUAAAGAAUGUCUUUGAUAAGAAAUUAAUAUGAAAUUAAUUAAUGAAAAAUGCAUUUUUUUUAUUUGCUCCAGUAAAAUAAUUGUACCAGAACAAAUUUUAGAUAAAAGACCCAGCCCUGAGAGUACAGUUUGUACUGCAAAAAUAUUGACAUUUGCCUUUAUUAUUGCUAAUGGAAGAAGACAAAUAUUAGCUGAUUAAAAGUAAAGAUUUACUUCCAACAAAAUUCCAUUAAGUAGCUGUUUUUAAACUCGCAUUUAAAAUAUUGGUAUUGUGGGUUAUCGUUGGCAAUUUACAAUAAAGUAAUUGAGUCGUCAUUGCCAACAAUAUUGUUUAUUACAAUAGCUUUC